AUGGAGGCAGCAUCAAUUCUCUCCGCCAUGAAGGGCGAAAAACUGAAGGACUCGCCGCAGUGGCUCACUUGGUUUGCAAAAGUGCAGCUAUAUGCCAUGCAAAAGAACGUAUGGGACCUUUGCAACCCAGAUCCCCCGACGACAACCGAAUCCCAAGCAAUAAGAUCUAUACCUCUCCAAGAACCGGUGGAACCGGAAUACCCAGAGGACGGCGAUGACAAGGAUCGAAGGAUUUGGCGAGAUCGAAUGGACGUGUAUAAAAUGAAGUACACGAAGUGGGAGAAGCAAGCAAAAGGACUAAGUGAUGUCAACGAGUACAUCCUUACCUACCUCGACCCAAUGCAUCACCUUGCUCUGAUCACAUAUCGUACUCCGUAUGAGAGGCUUGUAUACCUAAAGACUAGAUUUGCUCGGUCAACGGCGUACGAAGAAGAAAUCCGUAUGAAUUGGAAGGUCUUUGCCAUGCAGAAACCAACCGGUGAUAUUGAGCAGUGGCUUCAAAAGUGGAAUUCACUAAGAGAGCAAGCUAUUAGCCUCGGCAUUAGCGAUGCAGAUUCCAAUCGAGACUUCCUACAUGCAGUUAAAGAGGUACUGCCAAUCUGGUGGCAAGGAAAAUACCAAGAGAUUGUUAUGGAUAAGAAGAAAUAUGACACUCGAGAUCUUCUUGAAUCAUUCCGUGCAAUGAAUCGGGAGAUAGGCGUCAAAACUGUGACCUCAACUAAUGCUCCAAAAAGUGCUUUUUCAACCUGGCAAGGUCAUCGAGAAGCAAAGCCGGAAGCGAAGCAAGAGAAGCUUCCAUUCGAGAAGAGAAAAUGUCCAUGUGGCAAUGGUCAUCCACACCACAAGGUGGCCAACUGCUGGCUCAUGAAUGAAGCUAUACGCCCAGAAGGAUAUACCCUAGACGAAGGGAAGCUAGAGAGAGCUAGAAAGAAGCUAGCAAAUGAUCCAGGGUGGAAGCAAUGGGUCGACAAAGCUGUCAAUGAAGCUAAAUCAAAGCAUCAUGAAUCUGCAAACCACGUUAGCUUCGCCACCACCUACCAGAGUAAGCAACAGGGCAGGCCUCAGAGCAGGCCUCAGAGCAAGCCUCAGGGCAAGCCCCAGGGCAAGCACCAAGGCAAGCUACUAAGUGAAGCUAUACAGAUUGGCAAGCAUGCACUCUCAGCUGCAAAGACUGGCGAGCUCUCUCUCCGCAAUCGAUGGAUUCUUGACACUGGGUCCAGUUCACAUGUAUGCAAUAACAGAGCACUGUUUAUUGAUUUUACGCCGGAAGUCAUAGAUUUGACAACUGGUGACAGUACUACGCAGGUGCUAGGGAGAGGCAAAGUUCGACUAGUCGGCAAGCAUCCACAGAAAGGGAGAAUGGAAAUCACAUUGAGUGACGCUCUCUACUCGCCUAGCUUCCAUACAAAUCUAGUAUCGUACGCGAUGCUAAAGAAGAAGGGGGGCACCUGGUGUCAACGUACAAACUGCAUCCGAGAUCCAAAGGAUUUACCUGUAGUCAAUGUGCAUCUAUGGGAUCAAUUUAACCUAUGGAUUUUUGACGAACCAAACGAGGCCCCACCACCACAACAAGCAUAUGCCACACAGAGAUCCUCAGUAAAGCCGCAGGAAUCAAAGGCAUCGGCUGACAUCUGGCAUCGGCGACUUGCUCACAUUGAGCCCCGCGCCGUAGCUAAGCUUGCUACUAUGGUAGACGGUAUAGUCCUCCAGAAAGCAGAGAAAGAAGAAGCUUCAUUAUGCCAUACAUGUCGUAUUGGGAGAGCACCAAAGCAGAUCUCUCGCCGGCCAGUGGGACCAUACAAUCGACAUCGAUGGAUAUCUCACUUCUAUAUAGAAGGGCCGAGAUUCCACUGGAUCAUGACACAUGAGCUAAAGCCUGAAUGCCAGAUAGCGAUCAACCAGUUUGUACAGCUAGCAAGGAAUCAGUGGAACCUUCCGAUCAAGGCAUUUCACUAUGACAAUGAAGCCGCAGCAGGCAAAACAGCGGAGCACAGUUUGACAAGCGAUGGUAUCUUGAUAUAUCAUACUCCACCCGGCCACUCAGAGAUGAAUGGGUAUGCCGAGAGAUCUGGCGGGAUGAUCAUUACCCGUAUGCGUAUGCUCUCUCUUGAAGGCAAGCUUCCGAAAGACCUAUGGCCUGAAUUCGCAAGCGCUGCAGUGUGGUUAUUGAACCGUACCCCUACAUACAUUGCUUCUGAGAACAAGUGGUUAAUACCAUGGGAAGAAGUAAGAAGAGAAUUUGCUCCAACAGCCCCGAAGAUCAAUCUAGCAAAUGUUAGAUUAUAUGGAAGUUUGGCGUACUGCCGCAUUGAGAGGCAGAUCCAGUCAGAUAAGAUGAAUCCAAGAGCAGAGGUCGGCUUCCUAGUCGGAUACUUGGCAUCUAAUAUCUACAAAAUCUGGUUUCCACACAGUGGGAAAGUGAGGUAUAUACGAGAUGCAGUCAUUGAUGAAGCACGUAAAUACUCGCCGGACUAUGAGAAAUCUCAGCCUAUUCCACUACCAUUAGUGAGAGAGCCAGAAGAGAUUACGCCCGACGAAGUGGCGCAAAUCAUCAACCAUCAGAUCGCUAGCCAGGAAGCAACUAGUACGCCGGAAAGUGAGCAUCAAAACCGACAAGAUGAAACCGACGAUGCUCUACCAGAUGCUCUUCCAGAUGCUCUACCAGAUGCUCUUCUAGAUGCUCUUCCAGAUGCUCUACCAGAUACUCUACCAGAUACUUCACAAGAUAUUCAGCUAAGUGAGGUUGACUACCGAGAGAUCACCCCACUUCAGGGGGUGAGCAGGCAGGCAUUAAUGCCUACCCCAAUAAGCCUACCACCUAUACUUCUGACCUCGGUCAGAAAAGAAGCCGGUGAGAUCCAGGACAUACAGAAGGAUCAAGAUCCAUCACCAUUAACCCCACCAAAUGAAGAAACUGGCUUACAGCAAGGGGUGGAAACUGGCCCUGAUCAGGGGGUGGAUACGCAUGAUCUAGAUGAUCAACUGCUCAGUGAAGAUCAGGCCCAUGAAGAAGCCUAUGAAGAAGCCAAUGAAGAAGCCAAUGGAGAACCUAAUGAAGAACCCAAUAGAGAGGUGGAAAAUGAGCUAGAAAGACAGCUCCAGGCAGAACUGCUAGCACCAAGCAGAGAGAUCUCCAGCAAUAUAGAUGCCAGCAACAUACUAAGUGGACGUCGAAUACGCAAAGCAAAACAAGAUGACGAUUUUGCAUAUGCAACCACUAUAGUACAGGGUAUUGACGAAGAAGAGCCACCGGCUCUACUACAUGCAUUUGCAGCUGGUCUAUACGCCGAGAAACCAAACGCUCGCCGCCAUCGAGAUGAUCUCCCACCACCACCCAAGUACUGGAAGGAUGUCAUAAAUCAUCCUUUUCAGCAAGGUUUUCUCGCAGCAAUGAAGAAAGAGAUCCACUCUCUAUCUGAAAAAGAGACAUUCGAAGUCAUUGAAAAGCCAAAGGAUCGAGGGAUACAAAUCCUUCCCUUACUAUGGGUUUUUGCAUACAAAUUCGACCAGGACGGUUACCUUUUGAAAUUGAAGGCUCGAAUCUGUGUUCGUGGGGAUCUUGAGACGAUUACCUAUGAAGAAAAGAGAGCUGCUACGCUAGCAGCAAGAACAGCAAGAAUGAUCUUUGCACUAGUCGCUGCCUUUGACCUAGACCUCCGUCAGCGAGAUGCUGUCACUGCAUUUCUGAAUAGCAAGCUAAGCCAAGAGAAACCGACGUAUACGCAGAUGCCAGAAGGGUUCCAGUCCCUAGGUAAAUGCUGGAAGCUUCGUCGAGCAUUGUACGGCUUACGGAUCUCGCCACGUCUUUGGCAACAAGAAGCAGCUAGUGUACUCCGAAAACUAGGUCUGCAACAAGCACCAGAAGACCCUUGUGUCUUCGUCGGAGAAGGGCUAAUAGUCUUCUUCUAUGUGGAUGAUAUCUUAAUUGCUAGCCAUGCAAAUGCUAAGGCAAGAGCCAUGCAAUUGGAGCGAGAUCUAGAAGCCCACUGGGAGCUGACAGAUCAUGGAGAAGCAUCAUGGUUUCUCAAUAUCCGAAUCAUUCGCGAUAGGAAGCAGAAGAAGCUCUGGCUAUGUCAAGAUAGCUAUAUGACAAGCAUUGCUACCCGCUACAAUUUGACAGAUCGACCACCUGUCUAUACGCCACUACCAGUUGACGAAUUGACGCCUUACCAAGGCGUAGCCACCCCGAAGGAGAUCCUUCUCUAUCAAAAGAAGGUUGGAUCCGCAGGCUAUGCCACCACUAUCACUAGGCCAGAUGCUGCAAAGGCCACCGCUCGACUAGCUCAGUUCUUGACGAAUCCAGGGCCCCAGCACCACCAAGCAGCUGACCGGGUCAUCAGUUACCUAUAUACUACCCGGAACCUAGCUAUUGAAUAUAGUGCAGACGCAGUAAGCACUGGAAUCGAUUCCAUACAGUUCGCAAGCGAUGCUUCAUACGGAGAUCACCCAGAUCGAAAGAGCUCUGCAGGCUACAUCUGUCAAGCUUAUGGUGGACCAGUUGACUGGAAAGCGAGCAAGCAACCCACCGUGACAACGUCAACCACUGAAGCAGAGCUGCUAGGCCUAUCAGAGACAGGGAAGCAACUUCAAUGGUGGCGUCGACUACUAAAAAGCCUCGGUUUUGAACCCUCCCACAAUAUGACGAUCGACUGCGACAACGAGAGAACGAUCAGCCUACUUACUAGUGAGGACACUGCCUUCGAAACGAAGCUUCGGCAUGUCGAUAUUCAUCAUCAUUGGCUUCGGCAAGAGGUUAGAGAAGGACGCAUAAUGGUGCGAUGGGUGCCGACGGCGAGCAUGGUCGCAGAUGGACUCACAAAGAUGCUAUCUCGCCAGAAGCAUGAGAGCUUCCUAAGGAUGCUCAGGAUGGUGGACAUAGGCUAUCUAAUGGCCUAG